UUGGAUGAAAAAAUCACGCCGACGACAGAGGUUAUUGAUAAUAUGGAGACGGAUUCUUCCCAGUCACAUAAUGAUGAGGAACCUGCAACAAAAAGAGAACGCGUUACGAGAAGAAAGCAAAAUGACAUUUUAAAGAAACAGUCGGAAUUACUAGAGUCUGCUAAAAUAUUAAUAUCUGGUGACGGCACAUCAGCUGAUGCUUUCGGGAACUCCGUGAGUUCUCAGCUCAAGGAGCUCCCAAAAGUACAAAGAUGCCUCGCCGAAAAAUUAAUAGGAGAAACAUUGUUCUAUGCAAAACUAGGAGUGCUUACUUUUGAAACCUCAAUAAAUAUUAAAAGAAGAUCAGUACAAUAUUUAGGUCAGGGGUACGCGUACCAGCAGCAGGUGCCACAAACAUAUGCACCAUCACCAACACCAUCACCUCAGCAUCACCAGCCGUCACCAUAUGCACCAUCACCAUCACCAUCACCACAGCAUCACCAACCGACACCAUUUGCACCAUCACCAACACCAUCACCACAGCAUCACCAGCCGUCACCAUUUGCACCAUCACCAACACCAUCACCACAGCAUCACCAGCCGUCACCAUAUGCACCAUCACCAUCACCAUCACCUCAGCAUCACCAGCCGUCACCAUUUGCACCAUCACCAUCACCAUCACCUCAGCAUCACCAGCCGUCACCAUUUGCACCAUCACCAUCACCAUCCCCACAGCAUCGUCAGCCAUCACCAUCACAUAAGUACUCACAUACAUCACAAUCACUUCAACUCAGUCAGCCAUCAACGUCAUCAACAUUACCUCAGCUUCCACCAUCAUCAUACCAGCAACAAUUAGAUUCCAAUUCAUUAAUUAAUUACAUAAGCAGCAAUCAACAACAGGUAGUCAGAGGAAAGGGGAAGGAGUUAAAAAAAUAUUUGAUUUUUAAAAAGUAAUUUUUCAGUGAUAUUCGUACUUUUCCAUUUUAAUUUUUACUAGCUUUCCGCCCGCCUUUGUCUAAAACCUAAUAAAUUAUGUACUAAAA